CAGCGCGGCAGAAGACGGGGCUCACGGAUCGGAACGGUUCGGGUCGAAGCGAGACGAGGCGAAGACGCGAGGGAAAAGCGCGUGGGGAGAGAGUCGGCCGUGUCUGGUAGGGGAGAGGUGCGAGAGGCGAGCGGUGGAACGACGGCGGAGGCGGGGAGAACGCGACGCGUCGUUCCGCGCGACGGGGUGGGGCAUCGUUUCCAGAACAGCUUGGUGGGGAGCGACGAACCGCGGCUUCGUUCCUAAGCGGCGAGAGAAGGGGCAGAGAAGUGGCACCGCUCCCCUCCUCUCUGUCUCUCUCUCACCCUCCGGAGGGGUUCAGUCAUCUCGCGCCAGCCGAGCCACGCGCACUCGCCUGUUUUACGUUCUGGGCUCGGUGAAAGACUCUCUCUCUCAGGGCUUGGAAAACGGCUCGCGUCAGUUUCUCUCCCCGCGGGAUCACGGCCGAUCGCUGGUCAAUCGUGGUGGAUAUCGACGUGUGGUGGAAACGGACGGGGGUUGGAACCAGUGCUUCCUUUUCUUCUCCCUCGAGUCGAGUGCCGCAGGAUCUUGGUUGGCCUAUCAGCCUGCUGCCCGGUGGACAGUUAAACGCACGGGAACCAGACCGCCCCCUCCGUGGACGGAAGCCACGGAACACCCCCACUUCUUGCCCGACCUAAGCCUCCCCCACCCACCAGCCAACCGCGGAGCGGAGUGUUCCGCGGUGCAGAGAGUGGAAGGCACACCGGGUACCGAGUUUCACGGGUGGAGAACCCCGUGGAUGCGUCGCGAUCAUCCCCCCGGAAGGAUCGUUGAUAAGGUGGAGCAAGUUUUUCGGGACGUUUCGAUGGUGAAACGGGCUGGUAUCGAGUGUGCUGGAAGGAGAGAUUGUUUGUUGUUCGGUCGAGAGAAGGUUGUUGUUUGUUGGUGGAUCGUUCCGUUUUCCAUCCGUCUGAUCGACCGUCGUCGAUUCUCGCGGUGAACUGAUCAAUCCGCGAGUGAAGGGAGUGGUGGAUGCUGCAAGCCACGAAACUUUGAAACGACCGCCCCUUUGACGAAACUGUAACCGUAUAACCGCGGUGGUCACGUCGCGAUGAGACACGGGGACGACGACACGCGACAACCCGGUGGAGUUUCCUGGCUCGCUUCGUAAGGAGGAGGUCGAUCUUUCCCGGAGGAGAAGGAGGAGAAUCCCGACGUCGGAUCGCAAGUUUUUACCAGUGGACUGGUUUCUUUUCGCGAGAUCGGGACCCUUCCCCUCCUCCCCUCGGGGUAGUUGUUCGGGGCCCCCCACCCACCCCCCCGCACCAAGAGAGGAGGACCUCUACUAUGUUGGCCGGAGGAGAGACAAGAAGCGGAGGAAACUCGUUGAAAGAGGGAAAUAAGAGUGAGAAGUCGAGAAUGCGUUGAAGAUCCGGCCGGUCGAGGAGAUUCGAGAUGUCCGCCGUAACCAGCCCGUAUGGCCCCACGGAGAUGCUUUCCGACUCGGUGUACAACUACGCGACGACCCGGCGGGGGACCGGCGACCAGGACAGCGACUCCCAGUACGAGGGCCAGGCCCAGCUGCAGAUCACGAGCAUCCAGAAGCCGCGCAACAAGCGCAAAAACUUCAAGCCGAUAAGCAGCCGGAUGGUGGAGGUGUCCGAUGAGUCCGAGAAGGAGGACGACGAGCUGGACGGGGCGAUGGAGGAGAGCUCGAGCGAGAUACUCGAGUACGAGAGGAAGACGAUGCUGUUGCCCGCGGAGGACAGGUCCAAGCAGAGGUUGAACAACAACGAGGUCAGCCCCAUGGACCUGUCCGUCGCCACCAGGCCCCCGUCCUCCGAGGCCGACGACGAUAGCGGCGACUCUCUCAGGCACAAGUUCAUCCUGGAGCAGCUCAGAUCUCAGAAACUCUACUCCCCUGGCACCGAAGCGAGGAGUCCGAACUCGGAGUCAUCGGAGAAGAGUGGAGGAAGCGGUGUCCUGGACGCGGACUCGGGACGGUUGGACGACACCCCGUUCGAGGACGAGCGAGGGCAGGACGGGGACGGCGAGACGGAGUGCGAGGAGAGGAAGCCGUUCGAAGGGAUGAGGGAGUACGCGGAAUCGACUAUGCAGGAGUUGUUGGCGAUCUACGGGCUGACGGGAGGAGAAUUGGUGAAGUCGGUGAGCAGGCAGCUACCGCCGACCUUCUUGAAUCCCCCGACUUCGGGCCAUCAGCCUCACGGGAAGGUAAAAGUAAAAGAGGAAAAGGAUGCUUCCUCGAUGGCGCCAGGAAGCCCACCGACGCCACCGCACACCCCCCAAAGCCCACCUCGACACAAUCCACCCCCGGGUAACCUGUCUCAAUCCUGUCAGACGUCGAACGCCAAUUCUCCGAAUCUGCAGCAACAGCAACAGCAGCACCAACAGCAUCAACACCAUCAACAGCAACACCAGCAACAAGAGUCGAAUCAACAGCAGCACCAGCAGCAGCAACAACAGCAGCAACAGCAGCAGCAUCAGCAUCAUCAUCAAUCCAUUCACGCGAUAACCAACACACCCCUGAGCCAGAUCUUGGUCCAGAAUCCGGCCCUUGCUCAACUGCUGCAACAGAAUCCCGCGAUUCUGUCGCAGAAUCCGCAGUUGGCGCAGUUGCUGCAGCAAAAUCUUCAAGUUCAGAUGGGCAGCGUCCUUUUCCAGAACGUGAGGAGGGAGGAACCUGAAGAAUCGAGGGUACCGCCGACAAUAGCGAGCCUGGCGGCGAUGAAGGUGGAGGCAGCUGACCCGAAGGUUUCCGCAUUAUUGAGACAAAGCAUGUCUCCGGUUGCGGACACCUUGAUCGGUAGCUCGAAAAGCUCCGUGUCACAACCAAUAAUCGAUUACUCCCGAUACGUGAGGCGGUACACGUCGGGUCAAGAAUGCGGUAGCUCGUAUUGUAAGGAGCUCGGUUGCCGAGAGCAUUUUCACUGUCUGGAUUGCAGUGGUAGGGUCUUUGUGAAAAAGGAGGAAAUGAUCAGGCAUUUCAAGUGGCACAAAAAGAGGGACGAAUCUUUGCAGCACGGCUUCAUGAGGUAUUCGCCGACGGAUGAUUGCUCGGAGAGACAUCCGGGCCGUGCCUGCCCCCACAAUAGAAAACAGACGCACUACCACUGUAUCCACGAGAAUUGCGAUAAAGUUUACAUAUCGACGUCGGACGUGCAGAUGCACGCCAAUUACCAUCGCAAGGAUUCGGCUAUCAUACAAGAGGGUUUCCAGAGAUUUCGAGCUACCGAGAGCUGUGCUACCGAUCACUGUCCCUUCGUUGGCCAGCGGACCACGCACUUCCAUUGUCGGCGACCAGGUUGCCGGUUCACCUUCAAGAACAAGGCUGACAUGGACAAGCACAAAUCGUACCACAUCAAAGACGAGCAAUUGUCCCGCGAUGGGUUCAAGAAAUUCAUGAAGUCCGAGGCAUGUCCCUUCGAGCAAUGCCGUUUUUCGCGCGUGUGCAAUCACAUACACUGCAUACGACCGCACUGUAGCUACGUUCUUCACUCGUCGGGCCAAUUGUUCUCCCAUAAACGAAAACACGAGCGUCACGAGACCGAGUUGGCCUACAGAAAGUACAAGCAGAUCAACGCGGUUGGCGGUAUCCGGCCGCCAGGCUCCUGGCCACCGGACGAUCUCACCACGCAAAGUCUCUCCCUCAGCCUGAACGGCGAAAGUUCGAACGAGGACAGAGGCUCCCCCUCCUACUAUUCCCUCGACGAUUCGUUUCAGAGCGGUAGCGAUCUAGCGAUAGAUCUGACCGCGCCAACGACCACGGUCACCACGGCCAGUGGAAGUUCCACGGUGACCAUAGACCAGCAGCAACAGCAGCAGAGCCAACAGCUUACCGCCAUGGAAUUGGCGUAUCUGGUGCCGGGUAACGCCGAUUGCCCCUGUCACCUGGGCAGGGAACAUCAUCACUGCGGGUUGGACCGUUGCGGAGCAUCUCUCAAGGAUCCUCGCGAGGUCAGGGAGCAUUUGAAGGAGCACGAGACCCAGGAGCGCAUCACGGACGCCUUCUUCGAGGAGGGUGGGUGCGACGACAGUUGCCCGUACGCCGACAAGGAGAAGCAUUAUCACUGCAACUGGGAGAAUUGCCGGGAGGUGAUCCUCUCCACGGACAAACCGUUCCGCCGACUUCAGCAUUACAAGAUACACGAGUACAGCCGACAGCUGAACCUAUCCUGCUCCUCCCACGCCUUGUCCUCGGACGUUACGUUGACCCAUCUGACCAACAUCGACGCCAUGUUCAGGCGGAAGAGGGGCAGGCCACCGAAGAACAGAGUGAUCGAGAUCUGGUCGGGUGGCGACCCGGCCACCCACACCCACGACUCCCCCCAAGCGAUCUUCACGAGUUUCAAGCUACCGAAACCUCAAACCCCUAGUCUCGCGUCGAAUCCUAUGGCCGAGGAUCGCGAGGGGAGCGUCUCGCCCUCGAACAGCCUCGGCGAGCCCGAGGGAUUCUCCACCUAUAAUCCUGACGGAUGCCCAGAUCCGGCUUGCGCGUUGAGAUCUACCAGACACCAUCAUUGCUCCCAGCUUAGGUGCCACUUCUCCACGGACAGGCCCGACCAAUUACUGAUGCACAGCAAAGACUUUCACGAUAACGUCGACAUACCGCCCGGCUUCGCCUUCUUCGAUAAGAUGGUAGAUUGCCGGCUGGUCGGUUGUCACAGUAAUCGCGUUAAUCGCCAUUUCCAUUGCACCAGGCCGAACUGCGGCUACUCGUUCGUCAGAUACUCGACCAUGGCCAUGCACGAGAAACAGCACGGCAAUAGCCACGUUGUUAACGACAGCCGGUCGAGCGUCGAAUCGUCGUCCAACCAAGAGUGUCAGACCCAUGCCCAACCGAUGGUCCAGGAUACGACGAAGCCUAGGAUUCAAGUGAAGAAUCCGGCCGAGCUGAUCGAAAAACCCGAAGAAUGUAUGGCGAGUGGUGGUGGUGGUGGUAGUGGUGGUGGUGGUGGUGAUAUGGAGAAUAGAUCGAUGAUGGACGAGAAGGAAUCGGAGAUUCCGAGCCCGGAUGUCAACAAGACGACCGUGGUGAGGGCGGCAGGCACCUAUUAUCCGGUUAGUGGACCGCCGAGUGAACCCGCACUUCCGGGCGUCGUGCUAUCCAUGCGAACUUCCGUGCACCAAGAAUCCCCCGUUCUUCCAUCGACCAGCUCGGCCUCGCCCCACACCCUGUACGGACCGGAGCAGAGCUGUAGCAGGCCGUUCUGCAAGUUGAAACGUAAAAACCAUUACCAUUGUAACGCCUGCAAUCAAGCUUUCUCCGAAUUGGAUCGACUGGUGGCCCACAUAGCGAAACAUUCGACAGGUGCCAUCCUCAGUCAGCAGCAGCACGAGCUGGGCGGUGGUCAACCCCCUAAUCAACUGCAACACGACUACUUGGCCCAAUUGUCGCAGAAGCACGACUUCAUGGCGCAGAACGCCCAGAUGGCGCAGAACAUACAGAAUUUCCAGAAUCAGAUGCAACGUCAGAUGCAGCAAACCCUCGGCCAGAUAAGCCAGCAGAGCCAGGUGGUGAAGGAGGUGAAGAUCGAGCCGGCUAGGUGCGGCUCGGACGUCGGCGUCCAAAACGUUCCCAGCGUGAAGAGGGAGCCCGGUGAAAUCUCGCGGGGGGACGAGGGGAACAAUUCGGUGAUGGACAGCAACGAGAACGGCCAAUUGUCCCAGCCGAGCAUGCCACCCAGUGUUCAACAAUCCCCGGUUCCGGCCAGCUUCGAGCUGGACCUUAGCCACGGAUUCCAUUUCCCCAGCCCGGCAGUGAUGGCAGCUAUGAAUCAACAGAUAGCCCUGAUGAACCAAGCCUUGCCGCCAUUCCUUCAACACGGCGGCAUGUACACGGGCGGGCCAGGUCUGAUGUUCGCGCCUGGUCUACCGCCCGCGAACUUUCUACCUCCCGCAAGAGACGAGAACCCAUUGGCCUCGCUCGCGGCCAAUCUCAACUUGAACAAGCGAUCCUUGUCCCCGCCCGACAGCAAUUCUCCAGAGGCGAAGAAGCAGAGGCUUCAUCACUCCAUGCGGAUGCUCAAGGACGAACCGGUGCCGGAAGGAUACGUUAGGUUCAGAUUCAACGAGGACUGCAGGUAUCCCCACUGCGGUUACAGGGAACACCAAACGCAUUUCCACUGCAUGCGUCAAGACUGUGGCUACUCGUUCUGCGACAAAACUCGUUUCGUCCAGCACACGGCGAGACACGAGCGGCUCGACACCCUGAUGGGUGGCGAUUUCCAACAGUACAGGGCCAACGUGCCGUGUGGGAGGGCGCAGUGCGCGUACACGUCCUCGUUGGGCUCGAUGCAGAACAAGGCGUCCCACUUCCAUUGCCUCAAGUGCGACUUCGUUUGCACGGACACGAACAAAGUGGUCGCCCACAGGCGGCAACACGCGAAAUUGGACAGUAUCGCGGCGGCAGGUUUUCAAAAGUUCACGCCGAGUCAACCCUGCGGUGGUGUACAGUGCCAGCAUUCCGGCAAACAGACUCACUAUCAUUGUCUUCAGUGCCAGUACGCCGUCCUUGGCCUAGCGCAGAUGUCCGCUCACAAGUAUCGCCACAUGGACACAUAACACAGCUGUCCGUUCGAACUGCCAUUAAGUUGGAGAAGGAAACUGAAGAAAGACAAUUUCUCUUAGGUCCCCUUAGACAUUCCUUGAACACGGUCGAGGCCCGGAAUCGAAGAGAGGGCGAAGUAAGGAAGCAGCGGGGGGUUGGAUCCGUCGGAUCGACCAAUUUCGGAUCACGCCGAUCGAAUCUGAAUCUUGCACGAAGAGGACUGAGAGGAAGAAGAAAGAGGAAGGAGAAAAGAAGAAGAAAAAGACAAUUUCAUACGCACCCUGUAGACAUUCCCUGCAGAAUUUGCUCGCGAUUGUCCAUGCCCGAUACACGAUUGCGUGUUGCGUACAUUCGUUGGACGAGGCUGGAUGAUUAGGAGCAGACCCCGACCGCGGCCUAGUCAUUAAUCUUCAGCCGUUCUAUCGACCAGGAGUAAUCGAUAGCUCUUUUGCGGCGUGUGUCUUCUCGUUCGGAUCGGAACACCAACGGAUAUUAUAAUCCGUUAAUAUCGGUCGAUGCAUCGAAUGGAACUGUUCAAAUCACCUCGAUGACUUCGUACUUACGAGAGAGAUAUUUUUUAUCGAUCAUCUUGCAAACAUUUCGCACGAUCACUUCUCGAAUCCGAAUGGUGCUGGAACAGACUUUCGUGGCACGAUGCGAUUCGGCAGACGGAAGAGAUCUAAAAAGGAAACGAAAAGAAGAGAGAGAGAGAGAGAGAGAGUGAGAGUGAGAAAGAGAGAGAGCGAAAGAGAGAGAGAGCGAGCGAGCGAGCGAGAGAGAGAGAGAGAGAGAGAGAGAGAGAACCUGGCAUAGAACCCGUAGACAAUAACAAGAAUGACGAGUCUAUCGUAUAGCUUUAGAUCGCGAGGAUAAAAGACAAACUAUAAUAUUUAAUAGAAAAAGACCUUGUACAUUUCGUUUUUUCGUUUUUUUUUCCUCCCUCCCCCCCUUUUUUUCUAGUAUCACUCGUGUACCCUCCGCGUGGUGCAAAGUAAAAUCGUCGCGACCACUCUAUCUCCUAGAAUAUAUAUAUAUAUAUAUAUACACAUAUAUAUAUAUAUAGUUAAUAUAUGCGAAGAACCAAGAAAGAAUGAAAUCGAUGAUGAAACGUCCUCGAAGAGGAAUCGGAUUAUUUAUAACGAGAUUUCAACUGAUUCUGUAUGAUCAACCGUCGGCAAGCAGACGCGAAUUAAAAAGACAGAGAUAUAUACUAUUACGUCUAGUCCAUCGCACCAUCGAUGAAUCGUUGAAGAAAAGAAUUCUCCCAUGUUUUCAACAUCAAUGGUGCGAUGAUUUUUCCACGAUUGUCCGCAGUUUUUUUCCCCCCCUCCUUUCUUUCCUUCUUUCUUUUCCUUCUCUCCCCCUUUCCUUACAGUUGUUAUUAUUUCUUAAGUUCCCUCUUUUUUCUUUUUUUUUUUUUUUGUUUUUUUUACACCGAAAGGAAUCGACGAAAUAACGGUAACGAAUCGUACUAAAGAUUUAUACGCUUUCACGCCGCGACUAGGAGGGUACGCGUGAUUUUUACAUCAUUAAUCGUAUUACGAACAGUAUUGAUAAAAAAAAAAAUUAAAAAGAAAAAACACGAAAAAAAAAGAACUGCAAGAAAAUUAACUAACUGAGAGUUAACAAAAAGACUGCCAGCCAAGACGAGACAUGUAGCGAACAUUAGAGAUCAAGGAUGAUUCGGUGAUUCGUUCGUUUUCGAGGCAACCGUUGCUCGCAGGAAAUAUUAUUUGUUGCGGAUAUAUUUUGUCGAAAAGUAAGGAACAUGUAUAUCUUGUACAUAUAUAUAUAUAUGUAUAUAUAUAUAUAUGUACGAGAUCGUCAUGAAGAUUCGAAAGAGAAGUAUGUACGCGUAUACUGUAAAAUGCGAGAGCAACUCGAAAUAAAAGAUCGACGAGUGUGUAGUACGUUUUAUACGUGAAAAUGAAAAUGGAAAUUCUCGCGUUCCUGUUCUCAAGAGUUAUUCAACAACGAUACGAUUAUUGAUUCUGUAAAUCUGUGUCUUUUGAAUGCUAAACUCUUUUCCUUUAAUCAUGUUUAUCGAGAUUUAAUCGAGUUUUAAAAAUUUUUUCCUAGCUCUCUUACGAAUCUCGUAUAAAUAUCGCGGUUGAAUUCUUCCAAUUCCAAAGUGAAAAUCGGGAUAUCCUUGAACCAAGUACGAUUACCAUCGUAUCGUUGAUGAAAUUUCCCCUGUGAAAGAAAAGAAAGAAAAAGAGAAAAAGAAGAAGAAGAAAAAGAAGGAGAAGAAGAAGAAGAAGAAGAAGAAGAAGAGGACGAUCGACGACGAGUAACACGACGAACCUGAAGAAAAUAAUCAUCAUAAAAUGUAUUUUUUCGAGUACUAUUGAUCACACGUAGCUGUUAGAGCAUGCAUAAUCCCGUUGGGACGUUGUGUAAGUGUGCGAGUGUAAGGGUGACGCGCUAGGGUGCCUUUAGAGUUUUCCCCGAACUUGUAGGACCGUGCCUUAGCAAAGACCGACCGUUUACGCAAAUUCUUUUCAAAACACUGAGCUGUACGAGAAAGUAAAGAAAAAAAGAAAAAAAAAGAAAAAAAGAAAAAGGAAAAAAAUAAUAAUACGAAAAGACAUGCACAGGAAGGAACGAUGUGAACACGAUCGUAGGAAGUUAGUGCCUUAAAUAAGCGCGUCAAAGUACACGAGAAACGAACAUCCAGUCGCCAAGAAUUAUCCUUUCGUCUUUUUUAUCCGACAAUAUAAUGAAAGAGUAAUUACUUCAAUUCAGAAAGAAUAUAUAGAACGAUCGAUAAUGGAAAUUUUUUUAGAGGCUUGUACACGCGGUUGAAGGAGUUGAAAUUUUGCGACUGACUUGGAGGAUCCUUCGUUUUUUUUUUUUUUUUUUUAGACACUUUUUUCCAGCGUUUCGUGAAUCGAGCACCACGAAGGGACGAGAACUGAUUUCGUCCGCCAUUUUGGAGAUCCGCUUAUUUUAUUUCAACGAUGACGUUUCCGAAAUUCGAAAAUAUAUAUAUAUAUAUAUAUCACGAGAAAAAUUUGUCGAUUACUACGUUUUUUUUUUUCUUUCUUUCGUUCAUUUGUCUUUGAAUUUUAUUAUUAUUAUUACUAUUACUAUUAUUACUAUUAUUAUUAUUAUUAUUAUUACUAUUAUUAUUAUUAUUAUUAUUAUUAUUAUUAUUAUAAUCUUUCGAGAAGAUUAAAGACACAAGAGCGGGUCUCUGGUGGGUCCGGGAUGAGGUUUCCCAAAAAAACUCAAUCCUAAUCUUCCCCUUUAUUAGUCUCUAGUAUAUCAUUCCACUAGCAAGGUUGCGCGUGUCAACGAAGUCGAUUAGUCAUACAUCGGUCCCCGUCCUCCUCUCGCGAUCGAGCAAAUCGAAAUCCGAGGAAUGAAAAGAUAUGCUCGCGACGUCCGGUUUCGAUCUUUUUCCAUCUUUCGUGGAAAGAUUCGAGCUGGAUAGAGGGAUAGUAGUAAUAUUCGUGCUAUCCGCUCGUAAACUCGCGUGAAAAAUUGCGCGAAGGGUAAAAAAAGCGAGGAUAAAGCGCGGAGGAUCGGAUGGAUAAGCUGCUUGAGAGCCGAGCCAUUUUAAACGAGUGCCAUAAAAACGAUUUAGAGUCUCUCUCUCGAGCCUCACCUCGUGUCGCUUUUAAUCCCUUUUCGCGUGAAAGAUAUUCACGCGUGCGAGGAGGGAAGGAAGAGGGAGAAAAAAAAAAAAAAAGAGUGAAAACUACUGUAAAAUAUUUAUUAUUACUUAACGGAACGAAGAAGAGGCGUUUGUUGUUGGUUAUGCGAUAUUGCGGUGGGGACCGGAAGUGGCGAGAUCGCGAGAGGAUCGUGCGUUCAAGGGGUGUGAGAUCAACCUCGAUGGAUCAUCGCGAGAGAUGGAAAGAAAGAAAUGAAUAGAGAGAGAGAGAGAGAGAGAGAAUGAGAGAAUGUGAGAAUGUUUGAAAUAGCGACGAUGAACUGAGGUUGCCUUAUAACUAUCGAGCCUAUAAUAUAUAUAAAUAUAUAUAUAAAUAGAAAAAUAUAUUAUUGCGAAAAUCGUCAACGACGAUGAAGGGAAAAUAUUAAAAGAUAAAGGAGGAAUGAAGGAAGAGUGUGUAUGUAUGUUUGUAUGUGUGUAUGUAUGUAUGUAUGCAUGUAGGUACGUAUAUAUGUAAAAGAGAAUAAAAGAGAGAUUGUGUGUAAAAGAGUGAUAUAUGUAUACCAGUAGAAAGAAAAACGUACUAUUAUUAUUUGAAGAGAAUAGGGAGAAUAGGGAGAAAAAGAGAGAGAAAGAGAAAGAGAGAGAUGAGAAAAAGGGAGAGAAGAGAAAUUUAUCGUACGAUCAUUAGUAUUAAAAUACCUGCUGUAUGGAUGUAAGAGAAAAGAAAGCUAUUAUAUAAUUUUAUCUAUUAUUAUUAA